GUUUUGGCCAUGACGGAGGCAGCGGGGCUGGUGCCCAAGCGCAUCCUGGUGACGGGUGGCACCGGCUUGGUGGGGAGAGCCAUCGAGAAGGUGGUGGCUGAUGGAGAGGGACGGCCGGAUGAGGAGUGGAUCUUCGUGUCCUCCAGAGACGCCGACUUGACGAAUGCCGCGGAGACCAAAGCCCUGUUCGAGCAGCACAAGCCCACCCAUGUCAUCCACCUGGCCGCCAUGGUCGGGGGCCUCUUCAAAAACAUCCGCUACAACCUGGAUUUUUGGAGGAGAAACAUCCAUAUCAACGACAACGUCCUGCACUCGGCAUACGAGACGGGGGUGCGGAAGGUGGUCUCCUGCCUCUCCACCUGCAUAUUCCCAGACAAGACGACGUACCCCAUCGAUGAGAGCAUGAUUCACAACGGGCCACCUCACAGCUCCAACUUCGGCUACUCCUACGCCAAGAGGAUGAUCGACAUCCAGAAUAGGGCCUACUUUGAGCAGCACGGCUGCCGCUUCACCGCCGUCAUUCCCACCAACGUCUUCGGACCACAUGACAACUUCAACAUCGAGGACGGCCACGUCUUGCCGGGGCUUAUCCAUAAGGCCUACCUCGCCAAACAGACUGGCUCAGCUCUGACCAUCUGGGGCACUGGCAAGCCUAGGAGACAGUUCAUCUACUCCCUGGACCUGGCCCGGCUUUUCCUUUGGGUCCUGCGGGAAUACGAUGAGAUACAGCCCAUCAUCUUGUCAGUGGGAGAAGAAGAUGAAGUCUCCAUCAGGGAGGCAGCAGAGGCGAUCGUGGAGGCCAUGGACUUCAGGGGAGAGCUUGUUUUCGACACCACCAAAGCAGACGGGCAGUUCAAGAAGACGGCCAGCAAUGCCAAGCUACGGCACUACCUGCCCAGCUUCCAGUUCACACCCUUCAGGCAAGCUGUGAAGGAGACCUGCGCCUGGUUCAGCGCCAACUAUGCCAACGCCAGGAAGUGACGGGCCAACGCGGCACCAGGACCAGCAUC